GGUAAUUAAGAAAUUAAAAUAAAUGAGUAAAAUAAAAGUCGUCUCCAGCUCUUAGCGACGGCUUUUUCCAAAUUUUGUUCCUCAGUCCACCUUCUCCCUUUCUCUCUCUCUCUCUCUCCUUAGAUCAAACCAAAUAUUUUCCCCUCCUUUCUUUUACAAUUACAUUACGAAAUUUCCUGUUUUGGUUUUCCACACCUCAUUUUUGCCUUCAAAUUUUUGUUCUCUUUUUUCUAUAUGCCGGAUCGAUUUCGCCGUUCCCGUUGAAAGAAAGGAGAGAAAGAUCUGGAAAAUUGAGAGGCAGAUCCAAAAGGAAGAAGAGUUGGAUCUGAUCGGUCAAGUGGAAUGGCAAUGCACGGGAUGAGAGGGCUCUCGGUUUUCAUAAGCGACGUUCGAAAUUGCCAGAACAAAGAGCAAGAACGAUUGCGUGUCGAUAAAGAGCUCGGCAACAUCCGUACUCGCUUCAAAAAUGAAAAGGGAUUGACUCCAUAUGAGAAGAAGAAAUAUGUUUGGAAAAUGCUUUAUAUUUACAUGCUGGGUUAUGAUGUUGAUUUUGGUCACAUGGAAGCUGUUUCUUUGAUUUCUGCACCAAAGUAUCCAGAAAAGCAGGUUGGAUACAUUGUGACAUCAUGUUUGCUCAAUGAGAAUCAUGAUUUUCUGAGACUAGCAAUCAACACCGUACGCAAUGAUAUAAUUGGUCGAAAUGAGACUUUCCAGUGCCUAGCAUUAACUAUGGUUGGGAAUAUUGGUGGGAGAGAAUUUGCUGAGUCUUUGGCACCUGAUGUUCAAAAGUUACUUCUUUCUAGCAGCUGCAGACCACUUGUACGAAAAAAAGCUGCAUUAUGUUUGCUGCGCUUGUAUAGGAAAAAUCCUGAUGUUGUCAAUGUUGAUGGCUGGGCGGAUCGGAUGUCGCAGCUUUUAGAUGAGCGUGAUCUUGGUGUUUUGACCUCUUCUAUGAGCCUUCUUGUUGCUUUGGUAUCAAAUAAUCAUGAAGCAUAUUGGACUUGCCUUCCAAAGUGCGUUAAAAUAUUGGAGCGCCUUGCGAGGAACCAAGAUGUUCCACAGGAAUAUACUUACUAUGGUAUCCCAUCUCCCUGGCUUCAGGUUAAGACAAUGAGGGCUCUUCAGUAUUUUCCUACCAUUGAAGAUCCAAACACCAGAAGAACUUUGUUUGAGGUCUUACAACGGAUAUUAAUGGGAACUGAUGUCGUGAAAAAUGUUAAUAAGAACAAUGCAUCACAUGCAGUUCUCUUUGAAGCCCUUGCUCUAGUCAUGCAUCUUGAUGCUGAAAAGGAGAUGAUGUCUCAGUGUGUUGCCCUUCUUGGGAAAUUCAUUGCUGUUCGCGAACCAAAUAUUAGAUAUCUUGGUUUGGAAAAUAUGACUAGGAUGCUAAUGGUUACUGAUGUGCAAGAUAUUAUCAAAAGACAUCAGGCGCAGAUCAUCACAUCAUUGAAGGAUCCUGAUAUCAGUAUUCGUAGGCGUGCUCUUGAUUUGCUUUAUGGUAUGUGUGAUGUAACAAAUGCAAAGGACAUUGUUGAAGAACUAUUGCAGUAUCUGAGCACAGCUGAUUUCGUAAUGCGUGAGGAAUUGUCUCUUAAGGCUGCCAUUCUUGCAGAGAAGUUUGCUCCUGAUUUGUCAUGGUAUGUGGAUGUGAUCCUUCAGUUGAUUGACAAGGCAGGAGAUUUUAUUAGUGAUGACAUAUGGUUCCGUGUUGUGCAAUUUGUUACUAACAACGAGGACUUACAGCCUUAUGCAGCUGCAAAGGUGAAAGAGUAUCUUGACAAGCCUGCUGUACACGAGACAAUGGUCAAGGUCAGUGCUUAUAUUCUUGGAGAAUACAGCCACCUUCUGGGUAGACGGCCUGGGUGUAGCCCUAAAGAAAUCUUCAGCAGCAUACAUGAGAAGCUUCCAACAGUAUCGACUACUACCAUUCCUAUUCUUUUAUCGGCUUAUGCUAAGAUCUUAAUGCACAGUCAGCCACCAGAUCAAGAACUGCAAAAUCAGAUUUGGGCAAUAUUCAAUAAAUAUGAGAGUUGCAUUGAUGCGGAGAUACAACAACGAGCUGUUGAAUAUUUUGCAUUAAGUCAAAAAGGUGCUGCUCUAAUGGAUAUAUUGGCUGAAAUGCCUAAAUUUCCUGAACGUCAGUCUGCGUUGAUCAAAAAGGCGGAAGAUGCUGAGGUUGACUCUGCAGAGCAAAGUGCUAUCAAGUUGCGUGCUCAACAGCAAACAUCAAAUGCUCUAGUUGUAACUGAUCAACUCCCUGCUAAUGGGGCACCACCACCAGUUCCUGUUGGCCCGCUUACUCUUGUAAAGGUGCCCAGCAUGACCAGUGAUGAGGAUCAUAGGUCAACAGACCAAGCUUUGACUCACGAAAAUGGGACUUUAAGCAAAGUAGAUCCUCAACCUCCUUCAGCAGAUCUCCUUGGUGAUCUUUUGGGUCCACUGGCUAUUGAAGGCCCUCCUGGUGCUACUGUUCAAUCUGAGCACAAUCCUGUCUCCGGAUUGGAAGGUGGUCCAGAUGCAGUGGAUGGUUCAGCCAUAGUGCCUAUAGAAGAGCAGACUAAUACGGUUCAGCCAAUAGGAAAUAUUGCUGAAAGAUUUCAUGCUUUAUGCCUGAAAGAUAGUGGCGUUCUAUAUGAGGAUCCUUACAUUCAGAUUGGCAUUAAAGCAGAGUGGCGAGCUCAUCAUGGACGCCUCGUUCUUUUCUUGGGAAACAAAAAUACAGCUCCUCUGGGUUCAGUUCAGGCUCUAAUAUUGCCUCCUGCCCAUUUAAAGAUGGAGCUUUCGUUAGUGCCUGACACUAUACCUCCCCGAGCACAGGUGCAAUGCCCACUUGAGGUUGUAAAUCUCCGGCCAAGCCGGGAUGUAGCUGUUCUCGACUUCUCCUACAAGUUUGCAACCAAUAUGGUUAAUGUCAAGCUUCGCCUUCCUGCUUUGUUGAAUAAAUUUCUUCAGCCAAUACCAGUGUCUGCUGAGGAGUUUUUCCCUCAAUGGAGAUCACUUUCAGGACCACCAUUGAAGCUUCAGGAAGUUGUUAGAGGUGUAAGACCAAUGCCUCUUCCAGAAAUGGCAAAUCUACUCAACAGUUUCCGGCUAAUGAUUUGUCCAGGGCUUGAUCCAAAUCCUAAUAAUCUAGUUGCAAGCACCACCUUCUACUCGGAGAGUACACGUGCCAUGCUUUGUUUGGUCAGAAUUGAAACAGAUCCAGCAGACAGAACCCAGUUGCGAAUGACACUUGCUUCGGGUGAUCCUACAUUAACAUUUGAGUUGAAGGAGUUCAUCAAGGAACAAUUGGUUAGCAUUCCAAUAGCUCCUCGGACACCAACAGCAGUGGCACCACCAGCACCUCCUGCAGCUCAACCAACUCCAGAAAUACCGGCGAACGAUCCUGCUGCUCUACUAGCCGGUUUGCUGUGAUGAAACUGAAGAUGACUGAAUGUGAAGAUUUGUUCAAUAUACAAUGAACCUUGAUUUAUACAGCCGGCCCACCCAUUUGCCCCUCACAUUAAGAGGUGUAUAUGGAAAUCAAUCAUGAUGCAAGGGCUGGCGGGAUCACAGAUGAGCUAAAUAUGUUGUCGGCUUAGUGAAGAAGGGUUGGUCGGGAUUUUGUGAUUCUUUCUGCGCAAUGAGAUUGUGCCUUGGUGAGUUUCCUUUUGGUUUUUUUUUUUCUUUUUAAAAAAUGAAUUUUAAAGCCUUUUCUUUUUCCCUCUUUCAGUGUCUUUAUUGGGGGGGUUGAGGGUUUUCUUUUUCUUCAUUUUACUUCCCAGAUUUACCAGAUUGGUUUCUCUAGUACGAUGUCGUAGCAUGUAAGAUAUGGCAUGAAGUUAGGAUCGGUUGUAACAGUAUUCGUUUGUCAAUCCAAUAUAUUUUUUUUAAUAAGAUAAAAAGUAUAGUGAGGAGAAAAGAAGAUGUGGAUUUUGAUCGGA